UAAUUUGGUCAAUUGGGAUAUGCUGCCAUUUCUCUUUUUCUUCUCUCACUAGGCUCGUUGGUUCUUGAAGGCCAUUCAUUCGCUAUUAUCAGAUGGUCUGAUCAUUUUCAUUUUCUCAAACAUGGAGUUACAAACCCUAACGAUUACUGCUCCACUGCUACUUACCAUGCUUUACAACCGGGGAUUGUUUUGGCCAGCUAAUUCAUUUCAUUUUAUGUUGGUACUGUCAUGCACCUUUUUUGUGCUUGCUACAUGUGGACCCUGUUCGAUCGAUGGGAUGAAGAAAUCAGCCGAGUAUGAUGCAUGCAGGUCUUAUGGAGGUUAUCAGGGGGCGGGUCUUCACGAUGUUAUUGUUGGUGAUACUAAUAUGGGCUAUGUUAUACGAACUUCAGUUACUCAUCUAAAUAUUGAGAAUAUCUGUACUAGUUCCAAUUCAUUCUGCUUUCCUUCAACAUUGCCUGGUCUUUUUUCAGAAGACCAUAAACCCAGGGAAAAUUCUUUAGAGGUUUCUAGGAUUCAGUCUGAUGAUUCAUUACCAGUAGGAUCAACUGAGACUCGGAAGAUAGCAAGUAACAAAACCUGGUCAUCAGACUAUGGAACAUUUGGAUUAUUAAAUGGAAAGACUGUUUCAUGUUCCUUGAACUUCAAGGAGAGAAUCCAUGAACUGUCAUCCAUUCAAACUGAUUGUGGUGAUCAAAGUGAUUUUUCUUCAUGUAGAGGAACUUCACUAAAUCAGCAUAGUACUAAUGGCAGGUUGAACAUGAAGUCUGAGAUGAGCAAACCAGGUUCAUUUGAUACAUCUUCUUCACCUAAUGUAGAGAUAAGCCCUCCUGUCUUGGAUUGGGGACAUAAGAAUUUAUUUUUCCCUUCGGUAGCUUUUCUAACAGUAGCGAAUUCCUGUAAUGACAGCAUCUUACAUGUAUAUGAACCUUUUAGUACCAACGCACAGUUCUAUCCAUGCAACUUUAGUGAAAUUUUACUUGAACCUCGGGAAGUGGCUUCAAUAUGUUUUGUGUUUUUACCUAGAUGGUUAGGGUUGUCAGAAUCUCAGUUGAUCUUGCAGACAAGUUCUGGUGGUUUUCUGGUUUCUGCUAAAGGCUUUGGUAUUGAGUCUCCUUACAAGAUUCAGCCUUUAAUGGACUUGGAUGUUCCCUCUAGUGGGCGGCUCAGUAAGAAUUUAUCCUUAUUUAAUCCAUUUGAUGAAACCCUCCAGGUGAAGGAAGUAACUGCAUGGGUAUCAGUUUCUCUAGGGAAUACCACCUAUCAAACUGAAGCAAAUUGUGGCGUAGGACAUUUUCUGAAUUCUGAUGAGACCAACUUGCUUAGUGUUAAAGAUUGGUUGGUUGUGGACAGUGGUCAAGUUGGUUCUCUGCUGAUGGCUAUGAGACCCCAUACAAACUGGGGGAUUGGUUCGCGCAGUAGUGAGUCGAUUGUAGAGAUAGAUUUCUCAUUAGGAUUAGAAGGAAAAAUUCUGGGUGCAUUUUGUUUGCAGUUGAUAAGGUCUUCACAGAACAUAUCUGAUACAGUUAUAGUUCCUCUUGAAGUUGAUCUAGAUAGGAGAGCAGCCUAUGGAGAUCUUAGUGGUCCUGUUUUAGUUUCGCUUCAGUCACUGGUGGCACAGGAUACUGGUGGGACUGUUGUUUCCAUUUCUCUCAGAAAUAGAGCUUCUUACAUGUUGAAUCUUGUCAGCAUUAGUGAAGUUGCAGACACAAAGCUUUUCCAGAUCAAGUAUAUGGAAGGCUUGCUACUUUUUCCAGGAACAGUCACAGAAGUUGCUGUUAUUUCUUGUACUCAAUUGCCUGUUGAAUUACAUAAUUCUUUUCCUGAAGUUUCUAAUAUGAACAGAAAUUGUAAACUGUUUCUACUGAUAAAUGACUCAAGCAGUCCUCAGAUUGAAAUUCCUUGCCAGGAUAUAAUCCGUGUUUGUUCAAGACAUCAAAAGGAUUCAACCAUUGGAUACGAAUACAAGGCUGGAAGUGUCAAAUCUGGGAAUGCUAGGACAGGGUCCUUAGGUGAUGGUGUGAAAUUGCCCUCAGAGAUUGAGGCACUGGAGACCGCGGAAGCUGAUGAAUUGGUGCUCACAAACUGGAAAUCUCAAGGUUUAACAAUUGGUAUGUCUGUGCUUGAUGAUCAUGAAGUACUGUUCCCCAUGGUUCAGGUUGGCAAUCACCACUCCAAAUGGAUCACUGUUAAGAAUCCCAGUCACCACCCAGUCGUGAUGCAGCUUAUUCUCAAUUCUGGUGAAAUCAUUGAUGGAUGCAGGGGCACAGAUGGCUUGAUACAGCCACCAUCAUCUGGUAGUUUGGAAUUUACUAGACCAACAAGAUAUGGCUUCUCAAUUGCAGAGAGUGCAGUAACAGAGGCUUUUGUUCAUCCUCACAGUUCAGCAUCUUUUGGGCCAAUAUUAUUUACUCCUUCAGAUCGAUGUGCUUGGAGAAGUUCUGCCCUGAUAAGGAACAACCUUUCCGGUGUAGAGUGGGUGCCUUUGAGGGGAUGUGGAGGUUUACUUUCACUAGUGUUGUUGGAGGGGUCUGAGCCCAUUGAAAGUGUAGAGUUCAGCCUUGAUUUGCCAGUUACUCAUAAUGUCACUCCAGACAUGCUAUUUCAAGUGGAGGAUACUAGGUAUGCUUGUUCGCAGCCAUUGUCAAAAGAACUCUAUGUCAAGAACACAGGAGAUUUGCCACUGGAGGUAAGAAGUAUUAGAAUUUCUGGGACUGAAUGUGGUCUGGAUGGGUUUAGGGUCCACACCUGUAGAGGUUUUCUUCUUGAACCUGGGGAGUCAACCACGCUUCUGAUAUCAUACCAGACUGACUUUUCUGCAGCCAUGGUGCAUAGGGAUCUUGAAUUGACCUUGGCUACUGGUAUUUUUGUAAUACCCAUUAAGGCAAACCUUCCUGUUAUAAUGCUUAAUGUCUGUAAGAAAUCAGUCUUCUGGCGAUUGAGGAAAUUCUCCAUAGCAAUUAUUUUUGCUGCAUGUGUAAUCAUUUUGGUCUUUUAUUUCCUUUAUCCCCAAGUGAUGGCCACUGGCUCCCCGGAUUGCAUCUAUACAGACGAGAAACAUUCUAUUAAUACUACGAGGAGUGCUGGGAAGUCUUCUCAUGUACAUUGUUACCAGAGAAACGGCAAAAGUUCUGUACCUAGUGAAACGCAUUGUUUGUUGAGUUCAGUUGGGAAAGGCAAAACAUCUAAGCAAGCAUCUGUUGAUGGGUAUUGUGAAAGUAAAAAGGAAUCCCAGGAGCAGAAUGUGAAUGCUCAGCCUGCAGAGAAAACUUUGGAAAAUCAUACACAUGCCAAUGGUUUCUCUGAUACGCUAGGCAAAAGAGGAUUGCAAUCUCUGCCUCCAAAACCUGUGGCAGAGGAUUCUGAUACAGUGGAAGCAUCUCAAACUGAUAACCUAACGGUUCGGACUGGAAAAGAGAAGGCACGAAGGCGAAGGAAGAAGAAGGGUGCUUGCACAGGAGUAACAGGACUACUUGAAGUUUCAAGUAGUCAAAGUGGAAAUUCUACACCUUCAUCUCCAUUGUCUCCAAUCACACCUCUCACUUCUACCCGGACCGGGGUGGCAUCUCCUGAUUUCGACCAAUCCACUGAGUCCAGAAAUCCAGUUACUCAUAUCGCUGACCAACACUGUCAGAAGGUUCAAGUUCCUGAACCAAUGUCUCAGGCAAAAAAAUUGAAGCCCCAGCUUUCUCCAGUAAAAUCGAUUGAGCCCCCGCUUUCUCAGGCAAAAGUAUUGGAGCCCCAACUUUCACAGCCAAAGGUAUUGGAGCCCCAUCUUUCUCAGGCUGAAGUAUUGGAUCCUCAUCUUCCUGGGAGGUACCGUAAUAACAACUGGUAUAUUUCUACUCCAGCACAAAGCAGAGUUGCUAGUAAACCUGUUUUAUUGCCUUCUGCCACUUUCCCUUGCGCUGGUAAAGCUGUUCGAAGUGCAGUGUGCUCUACAUCUCCAUUGACUUCAACAUCCACUGUUGCAUCUCAUGCACGAGCUCCUGGAUCAAAAAUUUACGACCAGAAAACUGUUAAAGGAGAGCCAGCAGGGCUUAGAGAUGAAUAUACAUAUGAUAUAUGGGGUGAUCAUUUUUCUGGACUUGGUUUGAUGGGCAGCUCCAAAGAUGCAACUGCUGUGAAUUCUAGUGCAAUGGUAAGCCACUCUGAUAGCUUCUUUGUAAGUGGACCACAGGACCUUAGGACAGAUUCACAAUCAAGAUCUGUAAGUUGUUCCAAUGAUGAGGGUUAAUGAUAUAACUAAAUAAUUAUUGAA